AUUCCUUAGAGAAGCGAAAGUUUGAAGAAGGAAGGAAGCCUGUCAUUCCUGCUAUCUGCAGCCUAUAUAAGCCGGCGGGCUGCAGCGGAGCAGGGCACUCCUUGCAGCGCUGACUUAGCCGGCUGCACCUUGAUCUCAGCGGGGGUGGGGGGAGGCAAUGGCAAGGAUGCUGCCUGUCGUCCUACUGCUGCUUCUCUCCCUGAACAGCAUCUGGACCUUGAGAAUCUGCUCCUUCAACAUCAGGUCCUUUGGGGAGGCAAAGAGAGAGAAUUCCAAAGCCAUGGAUGUUAUCGUCAAGGUCAUCAAACGCUGUGACAUCAUGCUCCUGAUGGAAAUCAAGGACUCCCACAACAUCAUCUGUCCUACCUUGGUGAAAAUGCUGAAUGGGAAAUCCCGAAGAGGCACAAAAGACUACAAUUAUAUCAUUAGCAGUCGGCUGGGAAGGAAUGUCUACAAAGAACAGUAUGCUUUUCUCUAUAGGGAAAGUGUGGUAUCUGUGAAGAAAAGCUACCACUACCAUGACACCCAGAAUGGAGAUGAAGAUGUCUUUUCCCGAGAGCCCUUUGUGGUCUGGUUCUACUCGCCUCAAACUGCUGUCACAGAUUUUGUGAUCAUCCCUCUACACACAACACCUGAGACAUCCGUUCGGGAAAUCGACGAGCUCUUUGACGUCUACAUGGAUGUAAAACGUCGAUGGAAGCCUGAGAAUUUCAUCUUCAUGGGAGACUUCAAUGCUGGCUGCAGUUAUGUCCCGAAGAAGUCCUGGAAGGAAAUCCGACUUCGGAUGGACCCCAAGUUUGUCUGGCUGAUUGGGGAUAAUGUGGACACAACAGUGAAGGGAAGCACCAAGUGUGCCUAUGAUAGGAUCGUGCUCCAAGGCAAGAAGAUAAACAGUUCUGUUGUUCCGGAUUCCGCCGACAUCUUUGAUUUCCAGAAGGCCUACAGGCUGACUGAGGAGGAGGCUCUGGACAUCAGUGACCACUUUCCUGUGCAGUUUGAACUACAGUCGACUGGAAGCUUCCCUAUCCUCGUCAAAUCAGUCGCACCAAAAAAGAGAGGGAGAAAAAAGUCACAGCAUCCCUAGAAGCAGGGACCGAUUCUUAACCCCUCCCCCUUCUUUUUAUUUUCUUUUUUAAAAAACAAAAACAACCCAAGCACCAACAGCUCUGGGGGUCAUGGCAACCCCCCCAAACCAUCAACCAGUGUCACUGUAUUCCAUCGAGGGAAAAGGGUGCUGGAUCUGGAGCCAAAAGGACUUGGGCCAAAAUCCCAGCUCUGAGGCUUUUUACCUUAUAGUGACCUUGGGCAAGUCAUUGGACCUCCUCACCUUCAAUUUCCUCCUCUGUAAAAUGAGAGGGUUGGACUAAGAUGACAUCUGAGAUCCUUUCUGGCCCUAGAUCUAUGAACCUAUUAAUAGUGCAGAAGUCUUCAUAGCCUCUGACCCAGCCCACUACUUGGUAUAUACCCCUAGAAAGUGAAAACAAAGGUCCCAUAUAAACCAAAAUGUUUACAGCAGUGGAAGCAAAGUAGAUGCCCAUCGAUCAGGGAAUGGCUGAACAAACUGUGGUUAAGUCAAUGAAAUGGAAUAUUAUUCAGUACAAAAUGACAGAUAUGAUGAAUUCAGAUAGACAUGGGAAGAUUGGUCUGAACUGAUGCAGAGUGAAAUAAGAAGCAGAAAACCAGUCUAUAUCCAAUGUUGAAGACAACAGUGUUAAAGAAAAGACCUCUAAAAGGACAACACAUUUUUGAGUAACUGCAAAACUGAUUAUGGUCCUGGAGACCACACGACAAAAUAUAUUUUGCUCCUCUCAUCAGAAGUAAGGGUCUAUAAGGGCCUAAUGUUUCCCACAUUAUCAGAGGAGGUCACUGUAUUGGUUGUUUUCGUGUAACUUGUUUUCUUUGUUCAUUCAAUUCAACAAACAUUUCCAUAUGUACCAAGCCAUAUGCUAUUUUGUGGGGAUAUGAGGUCAAAACAAAGCAAUCCCUACCCUCAAGGAGCUUACAUUCAGCUCGUAUUCUUUGUCACAAGGGAGGGUUUCACUGGGGUUGGAAUUGGGGAGGACAGUCAGGAAGACCAAGGGGAUAAAGGCACAUCCAGCAAUGACUGUAAUAUAGAAA